AUGACGUUUUAUAAUUUAUAUGGUACAGAGCCUUGGAAGGUACUUUAUUCCAACUUUAUUCAAGUGAAAGCGGCAUCAGUUUUAAGCUCUUUACCAGCUAAUUAGGUUCAAUUGCGAAGAGCAGAAGUGAUUUUAUUUAGUCUUUCAUUUGUGUUUGCUUAAAUUUCAGGAUUCUUAUUUAAUAAGAUUCUUUGCACAAUCCGAAUCUGGACGUAUCAGGAGAUAUUGAUCAUUAGGUAUUGCUUUUCAUUAUUGUAUUUAGGUAUGCAUCUACCACAUCGUGAUCACUGAUAGCGAUUGGGAAACGUUAAACGGCAGCACAGAGGGUACCCCAUCAAAGCCCUUGGCACAACGGCUGCAGUCCGGUUCGCCUCCCCAGUUUAUAUUGACGUUUGUUGAAAGGUCACAGUGCCACCGGAAAUACCAGCCGAAGCCCAGACGAGUCCCCUGGCUUGGCGAAUAUGGCAGCCUCUUUGGCGUAUUCGAGCACUCGGACGUCCCGCAUUAGCAUAUUGUAGAUACUUUCGUUCCUUCAUGAAAAACAUUUUUACUGAAGAUGAAUGAAUCAGCAAAUCUUUUAACAACAGCUCAUACUGCCUUAUUUCGCCCACAAACUGUACGUUUUCUGCGGUGUUUAUGAGCGCUGGCCACCGGGUCCUUGGCGCUGGCUGCUGUCGCUGCUGCCGUGGGCGGGGCCAGUGCCGUCUAGCGUCUGCUAGUCGCCCGGCGCCCGCUCGCUCGCGCCAGUCCGCUUUGAAGGGCCGAGGCGGUCGAGUGGUGUCGCGGCGAGCGACCGGCGCAGCGCGCCAGCUGUGUCAGAGCGAGAGGCGGUGCUGUAUGCAGCCUGAGCCUCCGGCCGAGUGCGCGCAACAUGCCUUCCAUCACCAUGACGCCAGCUGGGAAAAGUCAGACUCGCAGUCCAACCUCGCCGGAUAAAGUUCCAGAUGGAGUCGCCCGCCAGCCACCGUUCCAGCAGACGUAUACCGUGGGCAAGGUGUUGGGCAAGGGCGGCUUCGGCACCGUGUACGCGGGCGUGCGCAACCGCGACCGGCUACCGGUGGCUGUCAAACAUGUGCUCAAACGCAGCGUGGCCAGCUGGGGACUGCUCAACUUCCAGCGCGUACCUCUCGAGGUGAUCUUGUUAAAGGAUGUACAGCACAUCCCUGGCGUGGUCAAGUGUCUCGACUGGUACGAGCGUCAGGACAGCUUCAUCCUGGUGCUGGAGCGCCCCGACAACUGUAUCGACCUGUUCGACUACAUCUCGGAGCGGGGUGCCCUGGAGGAGCGCGUAGCACGCAGCUUCUUCAAGCAAGUGGUGCGCACAGUGGCUGACUGCCACUCUGCCGGCGUGGUGCAUCGCGACAUCAAGGACGAGAACAUCCUGGUCGACCAGCGCACUGGAGAACUCAAGCUCAUCGACUUUGGCUCCGGUGCGAUACUGAAGGACGGACUCUAUACCGACUUUGACGGUACGCGGGUGUAUUCGCCGCCCGAGUGGGUCCAGAACAGCAGCUACUACGGCCUGCCGGCCACCACCUGGUCACUGGGCAUCCUGCUCUACGACAUGGUGUGCGGCAACAUACCGUUCGAGGAGGACCACCAGAUCAUCCGUGCCCAGCCGUCGUUCCGCGGCAGCCAGUCUGCGGAGGUGCGCGAUCUGAUCCGGCGCUGCCUGGCCAUCCGGCCUGAAGAGCGUCUCACCCUGGAGCAGGUGAUGGUGCAUCCGUGGAUGGAGGCGCAGCUGCCCAGUUCGCCUCCCACCGACAUUCCCUCGCGCCGCCAGUCGGACUCGCUCUCAUACUCCGACCAGAGCACCGCCAGUCAGGAGAGUGUUUGACGACCGGUUGCCGGUAGCUCGUGAAGGCCUAGCUCAGUCACGGCCGGGCGCCUGGCGCUCGGUCGCCGCGCGCGAGCCGUCGCUCUCAUUGUACAUACCAUCAGUAGGAGCGCGGCCGCGCGCGGGCUCGUUUUAUUAUGUUCCUAGUACUUGGCGCGUGGCGCAUUCGGACUGUGCGUCACACCCAGCUGCUCAUGAGCGUCUCGAGGAGUGCGGGAGAGGGAGCAUCUGUGGAUGAUGGCGAGUCUGUGUAUAUUUAUUAUUAUAUAUUAUUGUGGGUGAGUGUGUCGCUGGCGAGGUGUAUAGUGUGCGCGCUUGGUGUGGUGCAGAGUGCCGUCUCCUUGUGUACAUAUCACGCGGUCAGGGACCGGGCUGGGCGCCGCAGCCCGGUCCUACACGUCUCGCGGCCGAUUCCUAGACCAGUGCCAUGACGUGCUGCAGGAAACGGCGCCGCUACCGCCGCUGGCCGCCCGCGUGGGCGCCGCCGGCCUCCACUUAGCAAGCCAAAGAGUUCCAAAGUCAGCGUACCGGCGGAACCUGGCGGCUGCAGUGGGCGGUAGCUCUAGUCGAGUUCGCUACUCAACCCACAGAACCCACAGUCCGGCGGGACCUCCCUUUCCACUGUCAGUGUUGCCUUGUCUCUUCACACGUUUUAGCUCGGAACCGCGACGAAGUCGCCUCGCAAUUUCUCUCAAAGGGCAUCCGCCGUCGGCGAGAAGCCCUGUCAGCGGUGUGCGGCCGGGGCGCCGCCACCCAGCAUGUGUAGCGGCGCGCGGCAGGAAGCGCCGCCGCCUAGAUCAUUCAGUGUGUGCAUGUGUGUGUGUAAAUGUGCGUGUGCAUAUGUACGUACCCAACAGCCAACUGAAUCACAUAUUUUUAUAUGAUAAAAUGACGAUAAAUGAAAUGCCAGGGUA